AUGGGAGCCCAUGUCUUAUUCGACAGCAAGGUUGAUCGAACGGUAGAGCUGUGCGGGCUCUGUGCGCAGCCAAUGGCAAUUUCCGGGUGCGUUUUUUAUUUGCGAAAAUCGAAGGGCUCAACCGGCACCCUCCAAGUUGACCCCACCCGGUCAAUUUGUCCAAACCUCGUGUCCUUCGCGUACCAGCCGGCCGCAACAUUUACGCCGAACGCUCCUUGUACCAACGUUCCCAUCCCCUGCCCUCUCUGCUCUGUUACCGACGUGGCUGGCACACGGAUGCCAGCUGUUUGGCGUUACUCCAUGGAGGCGCACUUGCGCUCUCGACACUCGACCUCCCAGCUACUCCUCCAUCUCAUCAGCUCGCACGCGAUCCCCACAAACGAGAGCGACACCAUGAAGAGCCACAUCUGGAGCCGACGGUUUGUCAAGUCCCGCCGCUCUCGUAAAGUCUACCAGCCACCAAAGCUGGUUAUAUCUGAUGCUCACCGCUCGUCAAACCUUCAAGAUGAUGAACCACCGGCUCCCGACAAGUCAGACCACAGCGAUACCGACGCUGAGCCCAUGUCUGAGCCGGCGACUCGCCCGCCGAGUUCUCUCGCCUCACCGGAACCGCAAAAUGUCGAUGAACUCGACGUUGACGUCAACGAUCCCGCUUACGACCCGCAGCUUGACGGCCCCGAGUUCACUGACAACGCCGUCGUCACGCAAACCGGAAGGAAGAGCCGUAAACGUGACUUACGUACGCUCCUCGGUGAUUGCGAGUGUGGAAUGCCGGUAACAGAGAAGGAGAUCGAGGACGGAGUCACUAUUGAGUGCUCCGUUAAUGGGUGUGAAACCGGUCAGGUAUGCUCUAUAUUCUGUUUCUCUGACUACAGCUCCUGGAAAUGUCCGGUGCACUCGCGGGUUAAAAGAGGAGGGAAGCGUCAGCGCAAGACUAGAUGA